GGAGGGGGGGAGGUAAAAAUCGUCAAAAAAAUGCGUGACGUCAUUUAUAGAUGACCCCCAUGGAGAAGAUCCACACAGAAACAGUUGAAGGAAAGGGGCCUAACAUUCAAACAGCUGCCCAGGCAAAGAACCCAAUGAAUUUUCCAGAAUUGGCUUGUCGUUUGACCGAUGGUAACAAAGAGAAUCACCCAGGAUCUUCGCUGAUAAGAAAAUCUGAAGACAUACCUUAUUCUUCUAUAUCUAAAUGUGAUUUGUCUAAUGAAAAUAUUUAUUCAGUGACAAUUGCUAAAGAUAUUUUACCAUUAUUUCAAACAUCAUCUUCUGAAAUGUUGUUUUCUAUCUCUAAACCUUCCACAAUUUCUUCAAGUUUCAAGAGAUAUUUUAACAUCAUUGCCUACUUCCCACAGUUCUUAUGUUCAAAAUUUGCAAUUUUCUGAGAAACAAAGUAAUAAUAAAUUUGUACCCAGUGUUUUAGUUUCAGCUCCAUUAAAAUUUAAUAAACCAAUCAAUUUCAAAAUUAAAUGUUUCUUAUCCCAUAUGAAAGUAGUCUGUUUUAUUUAAGAAAAAUCACCUUUAAAAAAAUUUAAUGUUUGAAUGUCAAUAAAUUGUUGACAUGGACUGGUUUGCGGGUAAGCUUUUAUACUUAGUGUACAAUAAAGAUUCAGUUUUGAUGUCAAUAUAGUUGCUUCUGAAAGAAUUAAACUAUAAACAAUAGCAUUUAUAUUAAUAUCUCAA